AGCCGCAUCCCUGACAGACAGAAGCAGAGCAUCACUAAGUGCGCAAGGGAGCGCAUCUGUAGGCAAUCCGGCGCACAGACGCACACACACAAACCUUGCUUUAUUACAGUGACCCGAUCCUGUCCGUUUUCCAGAUUGCAGCGGGGAUACCUUCUCUUCAUGGAAAUAAAAUAGGGACGUUUAUUUUAUUUCUUUAAAAAAAAAAACCCCAAAACAGCUCUGGUGAGGAGAUCAGCCACAAAAUGGCUGAAAUCACAAAUAUAAGACCAGCUUUUGAUGUGUCUCCGGUGCUGGCCGGGUUCAUCGGCGCUGGGGUCCUUGUGCUGGUGGUGUCCCUGGCCGUGUUCGUGUGGACCUGCUGUCACCGGCGCUACCACAAGAGCCUGGGCACCAACAACAACAGCGGGGAGCUGAGCAGCGACCCCCCCUACAAGUUCAUCCACAUGCUGAAGGGCAUCAGCAUCUACCCCGAGAGCCUGAGCGGGAGCAAGAAGAUCGUCCGCGUGGUGCGCAGGGCAGGGGCUGCCAGACCGGGCCCCGGGGGAGACUGGGGGCCCAACACCGUGCUGGUGGAGGCGGCACCAGCGAGCGGGUCACGCAGCGAGCCUCGCCAGCAACACCCGCGACAGAACAGCUACGCCCCGCAGCGGCUUCCCAUCCGAGCCGACUACAGCCCCGACCCGAGUCCGGAGCCCAGCUUGGGGCCCAGCAGCCUGGCCAGCAGCAAGAUGGCUUCGCCCUUCACCCCCCUGGAGCCCGAGGAAGCCAAGCUGGGCACCCUGAGCUUCUCGGUGGACUACAACUUCCCCAAGAAGGCCCUGGUGGUGACGAUCCAGGAGGCGCACGGGCUGCCGGCAGUGGACGAGCACGCGGGCAGCUCUGACCCCUACAUCAAGAUGACCAUCCUGCCCGAGAAGAAGCACCGGGUGAAGACGCGGGUGCUGCGCAAGACCCUGGAGCCCGUGUUCGACGAGACCUUCACCUUCUACGGGGUGCCCUACAGCGGGCUGCAGGACCUGGUGCUGCACUUCCUGGUGCUCAGCUUUGACCGCUUUGCCCGCGAUGACGUCAUCGGAGAGGUGGUGGUGCCGCUCUCCGGGGUCGACCCCAGCACGGGCAAGGUGCAGCUCCAGCACGACAUUGUCAAGAGGACCAUCCAGCAGUGUGUGAGCCGGGGAGAGCUGCUGGUGUCCCUGUCCUAUCAGCCUGUCACUCAGAGACUGAACGUGGUUGUGCUGAAGGCCAAGCACCUGCCCAGAAUGGACAUCACUGGACUCUCAGGUAACCCCUACGUGAAAGUGAACGUGUUCUACGGCCGCAAACGCAUCGCCAAGAAGAAGACCCACGUGAAGAAGAGCACGCUGAACCCCGUGUUCAACGAGUCCUUCAUCUACGACGUGCCCGCUGAGCUGCUCCCCGACAUCACCGUGGAGUUCCUGGUCAUCGACUUUGACCGCACCACCAAGAACGAGGUGGUGGGCAGACUGGUCCUGGGGGCACACAGCCCCACCGCAGCGGGCGCCACCCAUUGGAAGGAGGUCUGCGACAGCCCUAGGCGGCAGUUUGCUAAGUGGCACUGCCUGGGAGAGCACUAACGGGAGACAAGACAGACAGACAGACAGAGACAGACAGACAGACAGAUAGACGAGAUACUACUACUACUACUACUGCUUCAAGCAUCUUUCAAAGGAACUUGUACAGAAUACAGAAAAAAAUUAAAAAUGACGGACUUGUUUUAGUGAUAGUGAAAAAGACUAUUCUAUUAAUACUGAGCUCAGCUCUUUAGUGAUUUUACAGGGCGCUGGAAACACUGAGAAACAACAGAUUGACAACCCAGGUGUAUAUUGGUGGUGAUGGUAUAUUCAAAUCUAUUGCAUGCCUGUAAAAAACAAAACAAAAAGUGCAUAUAACUCUAUAACUGUUUAAGUAAUUAUUCUCACUUUCUUUUUUUUCUGCCAUAAAUAAAAGGGUUUUAUUUCUGCAGCUGGGUGUUAAAAAAAACGAACCGGGGGUUUAAAAUCCAGACCCAUGAGAAUUCAGUUGUAAAGGAGGUUCUGGGAUCCCAAGCACUGUGUUUUUUUUUAACCAGGUGUGGGGGUCAGCGACAUCAUUCAAUGAAUUUAUCUUUACUUUGAUCAAACAGAGUAAACAUUCUUGCAAGCAAAUCAGAAAGUCAGGACUGGAAAACGAGAAUCCCAUUGCCAAAAAUCAGUAAAUAACAACAGCGUACCCCAGUGGAGGCAACACGAUGGAUUUGGAACAGAUAUUGCACAGUAUAGGUUGUGGUCCGGAUACGAGAGCAGCCAGACAGAUCCCGAAGCUUAAAGAAAUGCUUAUGAAGACAGGGUUAGGGAAUGCAUUCAGCCAAGGAAUAUUUCAGGUCUGAUUGACAAGUUUUCAAGCCUUAUAAGGAGAAUAUUUUAAACUCAGAAUCCAGGACCAGAGGACAGCUGGAAAUUAGGUGGGGACAGACUUGGGACAAAGUGGUGAGGGGGUGUGGAAUAGGUUACCGUGGGUUACCUAGCCUUGUUGUCGAGGCAGGAUCAGUUAUUAGAAUCCAGACAGGGAUUGACGGUCUCAGUGGCCUAGUUUGUCGUUGUUCUUUUCUGACGAUACGGUCUCUUGCUCGCAGUCUCUCUGGUGCUGGUACGGUACUGUAACAGACUGCUGUGUUUUAGUUACACCAUUGUGCUGUUUUCUGAACCAGACAGAUUCUGUCAGUCGUUGUAAUGGCAGAGAAUCAAAUAGUAGUUUUUUUUUUCCAUUUAUAAAAUCCUAAAUGGUUUAGCUAAAGUAAAAAUUCAGUGCUUAAAUGUGAAACGUUACAAAUACUUAGAUUCUGUCCUGUUAAACACUAGAAACAUUACAAAUACUUAGAUUCUGUCCUGUUAAACUCUAGAAACAUUACAAAUACUUAGAUUCUGUCCUAAACUCUAGAAACAUUACAAAUACUUAGAUUCUGUCCUGUUAAACUCUAGAAACAUUACAAAUACUUAGAUUCUGUCCUAUUAAAUCCCUUAGCAUUGAUGGGCCAAACACCUCUUCUCGUUCCCAAACGUAUCUUGAUCAGCAUAAUGUAGUAAAAGAGAAAGCCUUUUUAUUUGUAUAUACAAAUGUCCAUUGCUUGUGUAAGACCCCUCCCCUGGUCUCUGUGCCCCUCCCUCCCUCACUGUGUGGCAUCCAGGAGCCAGGAGGUUGAGUGAACGGGGGCACUUUCUGACUGGACUGUGGGCUAUUCAACCGCAGGGCAGCCCUUUGGAGAACACACCGUACCUUUACAGUCAAACCCUGGGAGUGGAAAGCAUUUUUAAUAAAAUUAAAAAAGGAUACAAAAAAAAUAGGGGAGGGGACCCAUAAGAAACUCGCAGACAGCUGGGAAGAAGAUUGUACAUACUGUAAUAUAAAAAGUCUCAAAUCGUGUUUUGUUUUUUAUUUCUUACAAAAAUAUAAAACUGCUGCCACGUAUUGGUUAUGAAAAAAGAGAGAGAAAACACCCCCUGUUUAUCAAUAGCGGGAGUAUGUGCUGGAUUUAAAAAGGGGGGGCUCAACUGGGCUGAACAAUGACUUUUUCCUAUCCCAACAUUUCUUGUAUUUCAUAUGCACAAAAAAACACUGACUUGUGAUCAUAUUCAGAGAAGCAUGCAUUAACCUCUAUCAGUGCAACUCUAUUGAAACCCUUUGAUUUCAGGACUGAAAAGACUGCUUAAUACAUUCCAGUUAGCCUUUCCGUGCAGUUUAUAGACAAUAAUAACUGGAACUGUUUCGUUAUGAACAGCAAUCUUCUUCAUUUGAACAUACUUUUCAUAUUUUUGAUAAAACAUUUCCCUGAAAGGUCGUAAGCAUAUCAAAAAAAGAUUAGCGGGAAUAAUGUGGUUCUGGUCUGGACAUAGGUUAACGCUUCACAGCUUCACUCACUGUCAACAAUCCUGUCUUGUGUAUUUCAGCCCAAAUGUCAAAUCCUCGAAUCUAGUAUUUCUGUAUAUAAAUCUACAGUAUAUAUUUCAGAAACGAUCUGAUUUUGUUCUGUUUUAUUUCUAUUAUUUUCAAUGUUUCAAGGUGUCAUAGGGUGCUCCCUAUCACUCUCUCUCUCUCUUUUGAAUCAUCCUUCUUGUCUGGUCUGUUGUAAAACUGAACUGGGAAAAAAAAGUGUAAUAAUACUACUAAUGAUGAUAAUAAUAAUAAUCAUAAUAAUAAUGAUAAUAAUGCUAAUAAUAACAAUAACAAUGAUACUACAAAAGUACUUUAUGUGGAAAUAAAACUGAGCUGUGUUUGAACUGCAUAAUGCCAUGAACUAUAUGCUAAUAUAUUACCCUGUUGCUAACUUGUAUGUUGAAUUUGUUAACACACACUGAGCGUGCAAAUAAAGACUGAUACACGAC